AUGUCCUCACCGAUGUCAGUACCCCGCUCGCCUACCUCGAUUGUUCAAUGUCUACGCAGUAGCGCCUCCAAGUACGUAGCGCCUGCCAUCCACACAUCCACCACCUUCCGCUAUCCACGCAAUCAUGAGGCCCUCCAGCCCGUCCCCGUCUCCACCGGCGAAGUAAUCGACUUACAAACACCCCUCAUCUACUCGCGCCUCGCCUCGUCCAACAUCAACCGCCUCGAGACCAUCUUAGCACCUCUCGUAUUUCCAGGCACAGAUGAAAAGGAACUGGACCAGCUCGCCAACCAUGUCGUCAGCUAUAGCUCCGGACUGAGUGCCUUUCACGCCCUCCUCGUCAAUGUUGUCCCCAAGGUGAUCGCCAUAUCAGGAGGGUAUCACGGAUGCCAUGGAGUCAUUGGACUGCAUCAGAAGAUGAACGGUUUGAAGACGGUCGACUUGCACGCCGAUGACAAGGCCUGGGAUGAGGCUGGUCUGGGCAAAGGCGAUAUCGUGCAUUUAGAGACACCGUUGAACCCCACAGGCGAGGCAUUCGAAAUUCAGAAGUAUGCGGAUCGAGCGCACAAGAGGGGCGCUCUGCUCAGCGUGGACGCGACAUUCGGCCCGCCUGGAUUGCAGGACCCGUUUGCUUGGGGCGCUGACAUCGUAAUGCACAGCGGGACGAAGUACAUUGGUGGCCACAGCGACAUCCUUUGCGGCGUUCUGGCCGUGAAGAAGGGUGCGGAUGGAAAGAAGAUGGCAGGAGGGUUGCGAGACGAUCGUAUUUUCCUCGGCUCCGUCCUGGGUAGUUUGGAGGGCUGGCUGGGCGUCCGCAGUCUGCGUACAAUGGAACUCCGUGUACAGCGACAAUCUUCCAAUGCAACGGACCUCGUCUUGUGGCUGACAAAUGCGCUCAAAGGAAACGGAGAAGGCAGCGAGGUUGUGUCCAAAGUCGUUUCAGAGGUCAAGCAUGCCAGUCUUCAAGAAACCGACUUCUCCUGGCUCCAGAAGCAGAUGCCCAACGGCUUUGGGCCCGUGUUCUCUUUCUACACCAAGACGCCAGAGCAAGCGCGCCAAUUACCCUCACACCUGCGCCUGUUCCACCACGCUACGAGUCUAGGUGGUGUAGAGAGCUUGAUCGAGUGGAGGCGUAUGUCUGACUCUGGUGUCGACGAGAGGUUGCUUCGUGUGAGCGUGGGCGUGGAGAAUUGGGAAGAUCUGAGGGAUGACUUCAUCCAAGCUUUCGAGAAGCUGGCGUCGGGUGAGAAGGUUGAAAGCGGGAUCUUGGUGGAUGUCCAGACUGGAGAGAAAGGCGCAAAAGUAGAGGGUGGUGCUGACGGCGCUGUGUAA